UUUUAAUUGGUUGAAUCUGUUGCUUAAAAAUGUAUGAUAGUGGAUACCCUUGGGGGGGUUAUUACUGAAAGGGGGCCUGUGCAGGAAAGAGUGAACACUGCUGGCCUGUGAUGAUAACCCUGUAAAUGCUGAAUUUACUAUUAAGGGUUUGAGUAAAUUUGCAAUGAGAAAAAAAGGGAAGUGUUUAAAAAAUGGCUUUGUAUUUUGUGGCCAUUGUAUUUGGAGCUAUGAUAAAAUUGAUUUAAAAUGUUACAUGCUUGUAGUUUCAUAAAUGCUAGUGGAGCCAUCUCAAACAUGCAAAAUUUAAAUUAAGAAGGUAUUGGUGGGGUAUAGCUUCCUUGCUUUUCCUAUCCAUAGGUAGGUAGGAAUUUAAAUUCUUUGGAUUUUAGAACCAGAACAAGUCUCCAUACCUGAUGAGUUUUGCUAAGAUUUGCGUCUGUUGGAACCUCUGGAAAGAGGGUGACAACAGAAGAAGAGAGGCACUCUCUGAAUAGAAAUACACAUUUGGAUUUUGAAAAAGCAGUUAGUUAAGUUUCUUGUUGGUCCUUGUUGAAAUCAGAUGUCUGACCCUUAGAGGCUGAUGAUUGUCCAGUCUGAUGUGCGUGUUUUUGAGUGGGUCAGUUUGGACUCUGAGGCUGACAGAAGGGGUACUGUCUUGUCUGGCAUUGCAGCAUGCCUUUGCUACUGCUGAAGAAAAGUGCCCGGCUUGAUGGGAAUCCCAAAUGCACUGACCCUACUUGCCUGGACCUCACCCUAAGCUGAAACCUGACUCUAGCUGUCAGUGCACUCUCCACUUCCCAAGAGCAGUGCUGAACUGGAAGCAGACCCAGGCUCUGUGAACAGACCUCAGUCAGACUCUGGGACCACUGGAGAUUUAGGGCCCCUCUGUGGAGCUCCAGAUGAUGCCAGCAUACAUUGUGGAUGCUGGCUGUACCAACUGGGUCACAUACAAAUGCCCACAGGAAAGAGCCGUUCUUUGAUGGGACCGUCUAAAAUCAAGCUGCUGAUCAGCUCUCUUAUGUAAUGCAGAGGCUGAUUGCAUCCUGACUUGUGAUCCCUGCCAAAACCUGCAAGUUGGAGGAAGGCACAUCACAGGGACUCUGACCACCAGCCACCUCCUGCUUUUGACAUAUCAGAUUCUGGGCCUUCCCUGGGGGUGGCUCGAUGCUUUUGAUUUGUGUGCUCAGCCUCCUGGGUGAGCUGCAACUUACCACCACAAGUUGAUAGGCUUAUUCCUCCUCCUCCUCACUUUCCCCUCUGUACACACACCCUGUAAGGUUAGAGUGACUACUCCAGCGUAGCUGUCUCUGGGAAAGGACUGAUCUUUUCUAGGCUGUCUCGGGGGAAAAGGGGUGAAAGGUUAUAUAAACUCACUAUGAAAAUUUUUACAUCCAGUACUUCAUCUAUUAGUGUUCUAGGGCUGCAAUAACAAAAUAGCACAGACUCGAUGGCUUAAAAAAUAGAAGUGUAUUUUCUCACAGUCCUAGAGGCUAGAAGUCUAAGAGCAAGCACUUGGCACGUUUCUCUUAAGGCCUGUGUCCUAGGCCUGCAGCUGGCAGCCUUCUCACUGUAUCUUCACAUGGUUGCCCUCUGUCUGAGUGUCUGUCUUAAUCUCUUAUAAGAACACCAUUCAUAUUGGAUAGGGCCCACCCAUUUUACUUUAAUCACCUCUUUGAAGGCCAUAUCGCCAAAUACAGUCACAUUCUGUACUAGAUGUUAGGACUUCAGCAUAUAAUUUGGGGAAAACACAGUUCAGCCCAUAACAUAUCCUGAUCAAUUCCUGAAUUUCUUUCUGGUUAAAUUAUAUUAAAAUAUUUAUAUGCAAAAUUAUUCCCAUGUCUCUUACACACAGCCCUUCUGGAUGAAAGGCCUGGAUGAGAAUAAAAGAUUAUUGAAAAAAUGUCAGGUUAGUAUUGCUGAUCAAAAGCCUGGCACCCAGGGAGCUUUGAGGGGCAGGGAGAGCAUUUAUGAUCUUCAUUUCUCAGAACUAUUCUGGAAACUUUCCCCUUUUCCUGAAGGAAAGCUCCCAGUGCCAUCAGCUGAAAGAUUGGCCCUUAGCUGGCAUCUGGGUUCUUCAAUUUCAGGAGAGUUCUCAUCAUUCCCUAAAUGAUAGGAGUUGCUUACUGAACUUAAACCGUGUAAACAAUGUGGUUUAUGCUGCAUGCCUGCUUUCCUCCCAGGAAUGUAGAAUUUUGGUGUGUUACAGGCAGAGGGUGCCUAUGUGACCAAGCCCCAGAAAAGCCUUGGGCUGGAGUCUCUAAUGAGCUUCUUUGGUAGCUAACAUUUCACACAUGUUGUCAAACUCGUUGCUGGAGGAAUUGUGUCCUGUGUGACUGACUCCACUGGGAGAAGACUCUGGGAAGCUUGUGCCUGGUUUCCUCUGGAUUUUGCUCUAUGCACCUUUCCCUUGGCUGAUUUUGCUUCAUAACCUUUCACUGUAAUAAAUCCUAGCCAUCUAUGAGUAGGACUAUAUGCUGAGUCCUGUGGGGGGGAUGGUCUUGGGACCCUCCAACACAGGGCACAGGGGGCACUUCUGGGGUUGUUGGUCGUGUACUCUUUCUCAGUCUGGGUGCUGUUUACAUGAGGUGUACUCAUUUUGUGAAAAUUCACUGAGCUGUCCAAUUAACAGAUGUAUACUUUUUUGGUACAUAGAUUCAACUUUAUAAAAAGAUAAAACAAUAUUACACACUGCAGGGAUUAAAAAAUAAUAAUUAAAAAAAACAACUUCCUUUUAUUUAUAAAGCAUUUUAGCCACUCCUUUUUGCCAGGCAUUGUGCUGAGGGCUUGGGACAUGGGGUAGGAAGGAUGUCUUCAUUGCCUCUCAGUUUAUUGGGAGUUAUGUCAAGAGAUAACUGUGAUAUGACCGACUUUUGCUGAGUCCUAGCAAAGACAUCAUAGGAUGCUGGGCUUAUAACUUGAGUGAUUCUCAGGGUUGCCACUUAAGUAUCUAUGGAAGCCAGACCGGCAAAGGGACAAAGGCAGGUUAGCAGGGAACACUGACAAACUGGGAAGGUAUGUUAAGCAUAGAGUUGCGACAGCUAAUAGUUUUUUCUUUUUUUUUUAAUUUUUAUUUUUCUUUUUUGUUUUAGUUUUUUCUUAAGGAAGAGCCACAGAGCUGAAUUUUUAUGUGAGCUCUCUUGAUUUUUCAGUCCUGUAUAUGAAUCCAAAUUUUAAAAAGUGAAAGACCAAACAAAACACCUCUGCAGGCCAAAUUGGACCUUGGCUUACCAGUUUGCCAAGCAUUCUGCCAACCUGUCAUUUUUCCCUCUUACAAAACAAUUGAGGGUCCACUAUUUUAGGCACUGGGAAAUAGAGCAGCUGAGCCAGCCAGACAAUUUUCUCGCAGAAUGACCCUGACUGGGGUGGUGGGGUUCUGGUACUGUGCUUCUCAAACUUCAAUAUGUGUGGGAAUCACUGGGUAGAUUCUGAAUUGGGGGGGAUCUGCGUUGAGGCCUGAAGCUUUGUCUUUCUAACAAGCUCCCAGGUGUUGGUGAUGCUGGUGGCCCCUACUGCUAUUUGAAGGAGAAGAGGAGGGGGUUUGUCUGGAAGAUGAGUUUGCUUGGCAAGCAUCCUCUUAUACUUCGAUUUUAGUUUAUGGGGUGAUUUGGAAGAGAGUUGGUGACUUCUGAAGCGGGUAUUAGGGCUCUCCCAUGUUGUCUCUCAUGCCAGGUUUCUGUUCUCAGAGUUUAUAAUCUAGAAGGCGGGGUGGGGCUGGAGGAAGGUGCUAGGAAAAGUUUCCUGGAGGAGGUGCUCGCGAACUGCAGGAGCUUCCCUUGCCGCCGAGAAAGGAGAAACUCUGAACUCCCCCUCUCCUGGGGCUGGGUCUCAGCAACCUCCCACCAGCUCUGGUUUCCCAGGCAUCCCACGUGUCUUCCGUCCGCGCUCCCUGUCAAUCAAGCUCCCCCGAGGGCCUGGGUGAGGGUUUAAAGGCGGCCGCAGUGCAGAGCGCUCCCAGAGUGCCGCGCGGCGGGCGGGUUUGGAUUUUAAAUCCCCGCGGCCAAUCAGUAGCGCGUAGGCUCUUGUAACGUUCCCGGCGCCGCGUUUGAAUUCGAGGAGAGGCAGAGCCGUGCCAAGCCUCUGCCUGGACCCUGCUAGGUCCGCUGAGCAACUCCGGGAACAUGAGUGCGGCGGCAACUGCAGGGAAGCUGGCGCGGGCACCAGCCGACCCAGGGAAAGCGCCCGGAGUUGCAGCUCCCGGGGCUCCGGCGGCUGCCCCGCCGGCGAAAGAGAUCCCGGAGGUCCUAGUCGACCCGCGCAGCCGGCGGCGCUAUCUACGGGGUCGCUUUCUGGGGAAGGGUGGCUUUGCCAAGUGCUUUGAGAUCUCGGAUGCGGACACUAAGGAGGUGUUCGCGGGCAAGAUCGUGCCUAAGUCGCUGUUGCUCAAACCGCACCAAAAGGAGAAGAUGUCCAUGGAGAUAUCCAUUCACCGCAGCCUCGCUCACCAGCACGUCGUCGGCUUCCACGGCUUUUUCGAGGACAACGACUUCGUGUUCGUGGUGUUGGAGCUCUGCCGCCGGAGAUCUCUCCUGGAGCUGCACAAGCGGAGGAAAGCACUCACGGAGCCCGAGGCCCGCUACUACCUGCGGCAGAUCGUGCUGGGCUGCCAGUACCUGCACGGAAAUCGCGUUAUUCACAGAGACCUCAAGCUGGGCAAUCUCUUCCUGAACGAGGAUCUGGAGGUGAAAAUAGGGGAUUUUGGACUGGCAACCAAAGUGGAGUAUGACGGGGAACGGAAGAAGACCCUGUGCGGGACUCCUAAUUACAUAGCUCCUGAGGUGCUGAGCAAGAAAGGGCACAGUUUCGAGGUGGACGUAUGGUCCAUUGGGUGCAUCAUGUAUACCUUGUUAGUGGGCAAGCCACCUUUUGAGACCUCUUGCCUAAAAGAGACCUACCUCCGGAUCAAGAACAAUGAAUACAGUAUUCCUAAGCACAUCAACCCCGUGGCCACCUCCCUCAUCAAGAAGAUGCUUCAGCCAGAUCCCACUGCCCGCCCAACCAUUCACGAACUGCUCAAUGACGAGUUUUUCACUUCUGGCUAUAUCCCUGCCCGCCUCCCCAUCACCUGCCUCACCAUUCCACCGAGGUUUUCGAUCGCUCCCAGUAGCCUGGACCCCAGCAACCGGAAGCCUCUCACCGUCCUCAAUAAAGGCAUGGAGAACCCCAUGCCCGAACGUCCCCGGGAGAAAGAGGAACCAGUGGUGCGAGAGGCCAGUGAGCCCGUCGACUGCCACCUCGGUGACAUGUUGCAGCAGUUGCACAGUGUCAAUGCCUCCAAGCCCUCAGAACGGGGGCUGGUGAGGCAAGAGGAGGCCGAGGACCCUGCCUGCAUCCCCAUCUUCUGGGUCAGCAAGUGGGUGGACUAUUCAGACAAGUACGGCCUCGGAUAUCAGCUGUGUGACAACAGCGUGGGGGUGCUCUUCAACGACUCCACGCGCCUCAUCCUCUACAGUGACGGCGACAGCCUGCAGUACAUCGAGCGGGACGGCGCGGAGUCCUACCUCACCGUGAGCUCCCACCCCACCUCCUUGGUAAAGAAGAUCACCCUCCUGAAGUACUUCCGAAACUACAUGAGUGAGCACUUGCUGAAGGCGGGCGCCAACAUCACACCUCGGGAAGGCGACGAGCUGGCCCGGCUCCCCUACCUGCGGACCUGGUUCCGCACCCGCAGUGCCAUCAUCCUGCACCUCAGUAAUGGCUGUGUGCAGAUCAACUUCUUCCAGGACCACACCAAACUCAUCCUGUGCCCACUGAUGGCUGCCGUGACCUACAUCGACGAGAAGCGGGACUUCCGCACGUACCGCCUGAGCCUCCUGGAGGAGUACGGCUGCUCCAAGGAGCUGGCCAGCCGGCUCCGCUACGCCCGCGCCAUGGUGGACAAGCUGCUGAGCUCACGCUCGGCUGCCAACCGCCUCAAGGCCUCCUCAUAGCCCCGACCCCCUGGACUGACGCCCUCCUCCCGCAAAUAGCACCUUGGCCCACGCAGGUUAGCACCGUGGUGCUGUCUUAGAGUGUGUCCCCCAGCCCUGGGGGCCGGGGCGAGAGCUUCAUCCUCCCUGCAGGUGGGGGCUGCCGUGUAAGUUAUUUUUGUACAUGUCCAGUGUGGGUUCUGUGGUCUCUCCCCGUGCCCUCAGGCCCACCCUGUGAACCGUACAGAGCGUGGCUGUUGAAUCCAGGACUGUCCUUGCCUUUGCACACAUUAAACAUGCGUGACUCUUCCUUC